AUGUCUGACAACGAAGACAAAGAUGAUGCCGUUAUCACUCAGAAAUUCGACAAAUUUGAAAGAUUACGGAAAGAAAGAACUAAUUUACGAAGGUUAUUUACCACGACUUGUAAUCAAUUUGAAAGAACACAGAAAGAAGAAGUCGGAGGUAAUGAACUUGGCGCAAUUUUUAAUAAGUUGGCGGAUAAAGCCGAGCGUUUAUUUAGUGCUGAUGCUCAAUUAUUGGAAAUUUACGAGCAAAGCGAUAAGGAAUAUGAUGAAAUGGAAACGUAUAGAGAUCGCUUUAUUGAACUUAAAACAGAAUAUGAGCAUUGUUUACGGCGUAGUAUGAUUGGCGCUUCUUCGCCAAUUGAUACAGCUACGAUUGUUAAGUUGAAGCUUCCAAAAAUUGAAUUGAAAGAAUAUGACCUAAUGCCAAGGACUUGGGUUGCCUUUUGGGCGCAAUACAGUCGUAUUCAUGAAGAUACUAGUAUAUUAGAAGAGGAUAAGUUUCAGUAUCUUCUGUCAUCAUUGAAGCCUACUUCGAAAGCGCGCAAUAUAGUAGAAAGUUAUCCACCAUCUAAGAAAAAUUAUGCUAAGGUUAUCGAACAUCUCGAGUCCAGGUUUGGCAGACGUGAUUUAUUAAUUGACGUGUUUAUACGAGAUCUUUUAACAUUGGUAAACAACCGAACUAAUAUUAAGCUUUCAGAUUUGUACGACAAGCUCGGUUUGAGUUUAAGAGCUCUGGAAACAUUAGGCGUCACUACGCAAAAUUAUGCUGCCAUGUUGUAUCCGGUUGUGGAGUCGUGUCUUCCAACUGAUGUAUUAAAGGCUUGGGAUAGAUAUUUAUUAAACAGUGAGGUGGAUGAUGAAGAAACCGUCCAAAUUACGAAAGAGAAACUGUUGGAAAGGUUGAUGUCAUUUCUUCGUCGCGAGAUAGAAGGGGAAGAACAUCGGGCUUUAGCUGAAAGAGCUUUUGGUCAACCCGCAAAAGGUAAGAAGGAAUCUUCAAGCAAAGAUGAACCUACAGCAAUGAGUUUAAUAUCUUCUUACGAAAGGCCUUGUAAGACUGAGUGCAUUUUUUGUCAGAAACGUCAUGACAGUCAAGACUGUCAUAAAGCUGCCUCUAUGAGUACAGAAGAAAAAAAAUCAAUUGUAAUACGUAGACGCUGCUGCUUGGUGUGCUUGAAGAUUGGACACAUGGCGAAAAACUGUCGCAGUAAUAUUCAUUGCCUUGUAUGUGGAAAGCGACACUACGUAAUUUUGUGCCCAGAAUUGCCUAGAAAAAAUAAGGUUCAACUCCCUAAUGAAUCAAGGAUAGAAGUGAAUACGUCCACUUUAUUUACGGAACUUACACCUCAGAAGGUUAUAUAUUUGAAAACAAUAUUGAUACGUUUAAGAAAUGGAAAUCAAGAAAUUUAUGUCAGAGCCCUCCUUGAUGAUGGAUCACAGCGAUCUUACGUAACCAACCAAGUAGUUAAAGAGUUAAGGUUAAAGCCUUCAGGUACAGAGUUAUUGUCCCAAGGACUAUUUGGUGGUAAGCAAACAGCUGAAGUUAAACAUGGUCGCUAUGACAUCAACGUUCAGAGUAUCGAUAGAAGGUUUUCGUGCAACAUGUCAAUUUUGGACCAGCCCAAGAUAUGUUCUUCUUUGCCUCGCAUACGUGACCCAGAUUUAGUACAAGAAUUAAAACGUCGAGGAAUUGAACUAACAGACAUAGGUCCAGAAACUCCUCCUAUUGACAUGCUCAUCGGUGCUGACUUUCUGGGAGGAAUAUUAACAGGAAGAAUAGAAGUUCUGCCAUCUGGUAUAACAGCCGUAGAAACGAAACUCGGAUGGAGUGUUUUAGGUCCAGGAAAGAAGAGCAGCAUAAAUAUGGUAUCGCUAUGUAUGCAUCACUCAGAGAUACACAAAAUUUGGGACUUAGAAUCUUUGGGUAUAACAGAUCCCACUGAGAGGAAAACAACUAAGGAGCUAGAUGAAGAAACGGUCACAUUUUUUCAAGAGACAAUUCGGAAAACUGGCAACAGGUAUGAGGUGGCUCUUCCAUGGCUAGCAGGACAUCCCCACUUGUAUAAUGGAUACGACCAGGCAGAAGCAAGACUUCACACCGUUACUAAGCGUCUUUUGAAAGACAAUUACUACGAACUGUAUGAUGGUGUCUUACAGCAGUGGAAGAAUGAUAACAUCAUAGAGGAGGUGACAGAAGCUGAAAUGUCAAGUUCAAACGCUUGUCAUUAUUUGCCACAUCAUCCAGUCGUUAAAUCAUCAAGCGCUACCACGAAGGUCAGGCCAGUCUUUGACGCUUCAUGCAAACGCCCCGGAUAUGCCUCCUUAAAUGACUGUCUUAGUACAGGACCAAGUUUAUUAAGUGAAAUCCCUCGCCUCAUAAGUAAAUUUCGUUGUGGUGCCAUUGGAGUAAUUGCAGACAUUAAACAAGCAUUUCUUCAACUCUCUUUAGCUGCCAAAGAUAGAGACUACCUAAGAUUCCUUUGGUGGGAAGACAAAGAACACACUAAGAUGAAAUUUUACAGGCAUUGUCGUGUUGUUUUCGGCGUUUCAUCAAGCCCCUUCUUAUUAAAUGCCACGAUUAAUUUUCAUCUUGAAUCGCAGGAAUUCCAAUCAAUAGUCCUGCAAAACACGAUCAAUCGAAUGAAAGAUGGAUUUUAUGUAGACAACUUAGUCACAAGUGUGAAUACCAGCGAAGAACUGGAACAAUUAAAAUCGCAAGCUAUAGAAGUAAUGCAAAAGGGUUCCUUUGAAUUGAGAUGCUGGGCUUACAGUGGAAUUGAAGAAAGCAUAGAUCAGAAUGUACUUGGCCUGAAAUGGGACACUCAUGCAGAUGAACUUUAUUGUGCUGGCUGUAAAACGACUUCAGAAAAGGUCCUUUCGAAGAGAAAGCUUCUCUCUGUAGUUAACAGCAUAUACGAUCCUAUUGGAUUUACGUCACCUGCAACUCUUCUUCCAAAAUUAUUGCUUCAAGAAGCUUGGAAAAACAAGAUAGGCUGGGACGACGAUCUGCCUCUAAAUAUUCAACAUAGAUAUCAACACUGGGUGAAGCAUAUUGAUCUCAUAGAACAGUGCAGAAUACCUCGUCGAUUAAUGCUAGGAACUCUUGAGAAUACAAGCCUGCAUGUCUUUACCGAUGCUUCCGCAGAUGCAUACGCUUGCUGUGUAUACUUACGCUCUGAAGAAGAAACGGGAACCUCUGUCCAAUUAAUAACUGCCAAAGCCAGAGUAGCUCCGAUGAAAAGACCGACGAUUCCACGCUUAGAGUUGCUUGGAGCUACAAUGGGUGCAAGAAUAGCAAGUACCGUUUUAGAAGCAAUACAGCAACCUUUAAAAAUUUCCUUUUGGGUCGAUUCAAUGGUUGUUCUAAGUUGGAUAACGAAAGGAGAACCGUGGAAUACUUUCGUCGGUAACCGGGUUAAAGAAAUACGUCAACUUACAAAUGUCGAUAGUUGGAGAUUUGUACCAGGAUCUAUGAAUCCGGCCGACUUGCCCUCGCGUUCUUGUAAUUGGAAGGAGCUGAUAGAUAGUCGAUGGUGGGAGGGUCCCACUUGGCUACAAGAAACAGAAGAUACCUGGCCAAAUACUGAGAUUACGAUGCCUGAAGAAGCUUUAGUUGAAAGAAAGAAAAGUGUUAUCUGCAGCACGAAUAUUAACUUACAGGAAAACUUCAGCAAGAAGCUUCUAUACUUUUCUAAGUACAGCAAAGUUAUAAGAAUGGUAGCUUGGAUGCUGAGAUUUAUAAAUAAUGCUAGGAAUAAGUCCACCCGAGUUAUCUCCGAGUUAACAUGUGAAGAAAUACAGAAGGCAGAACUCGCCGUCAUUAAAUUGGUACAAACAGAACUGCAUGCUGAAUUGAAGGAAAAAUACUCGAAGUCUAUACGAUUUUCCGAAGAGUCUGGAGUUUUAAAAGUUGAAACUAAGUUAGUUUUGGGUGAAGACCCAGAAGAUUUUCAAAAACCAACCGUACUACCAGAUCAUCCCAUCGUGAGACUGUACAUCGAAUACGUUCAUAAAGCUUUGAUGCAUAGUGGUGUUCAGACAACUCUGAAUCAUAUUCGAGAGCUCUACUGGAUUCCUCGCGGUCGGAGGGUUGUUAGAGAGGUUAUAAGCAAGUGUGUGAUCUGCAAGCGACAUUCAAGCAAGCCAGUACAGCCGAAUACAGCGCCUCUACACAUUGAUAGAACAAAACGCAUUUCUGCAUUCCAAGUCACUGGUGUAGAUUUGGCGGGACCUUUACACUUACGUCAAGGUACUAAGGCAUGGAUUGUUUUGUUCACAUGUGCUGUAUAUAGAGCCAUUCACCUAGAGCUCGUCACGUCAUUGUCAGCUGAAGCAUUCCGGCAAGCAAUGAGAAGAUUCUUCGCUAGAAGAGGGAGAUGCUCUGUAAUGUAUUCUGACAAUGGGGGUCAAAUUUUACUGGAACAGCACGAGCCCUUCAAUCAUUGA